CGUACCACUUCUGGUUCGAAGUACAACUGUCCGGAAGAGAAAGCGAACGCAUUAUACAGCGAUCUCGUGGUUAUCAUUGGUUGUAAAACCCGUCACGUUUUUCACGAGGAUACGACACCUCGAAAAGGCCAUGGCUCUCCGUUCAGGACUUGAUGCAAAAAUAUUGAUUAUCGGUUGCGGGAUUUCAGGGAUUGGUGCUGCACAAAAAUUAAUAAAGCACGGCUUUCGUAAUGUGCAAGUUAUUGAAGCGACAUCUAGAAGCGGUGGAAGAGUUCAAACUGGCAGACUGGGUAAGUCUAAUCCAGAAAUUGGUGCCAACUGGAUCCAUGGCCCAUCCCAGGAGAAUCCAGUGUUUCGCCUGGCCUGCUACUACCAAUUACUCGACAAGGAGGCCAUGUCUGAACAGAAUCAGUCAGUAGAUAUUGGUGGCCAUCCACCUUUUGUUCCUAAUUGUUUCACCAGCUCAGGCAGGAAGGUUGAUCCAGAGAUGUUGGGACCUGCCAUGGAACUCUACACAAUGGUACUCGGGAAAUGUCAGGAGUUCUACAGCAGUGGUGGAGAACCAUUGCCUAGUGUGGGAGAGUUUCUUAAAAAAGAAACCCUCCGGGUAGCCCGUGAGGAGUGGAAGGUGGACCAGGGCACCAUGGAGCUGAGACUGGCUCUGCUGACCACAUUGCUGAAGAUAGAGUGCUCUGUCAGUGGUACACACACUAUGAAUGAUGUGGGCCUUGGAGCUUUCGGCAUGUACAAGUCUCUUCCAGGACUUGACUGCACCUUCCCAAGAGGUUAUGAAGGUUUAAUACAGCAUAUGAUGAAUGAGCUUCCUAAGGACAUUGUUUUGUACAACAAACCAGUUAAAUGUAUUCACUGGAAAAGCACCCACAACCAGCCAAUUUCAAAAGGAAGAAUAUGUCCUGUUACGGUUGAAUGUAUUAAUGGAGAAACUUUUGAAGCAGAUCAUGUCAUUGUUACCAUUCCACUAGGGUACUUGAAGAUGCACCAACACACACUCCUAAGUCCCCAUCUGCCACUAAACAAAUCACAUGCCAUCCAGAGAAUGGGCUUUGGGACCAACAAUAAGAUCUUCCUAGAGUUUGAGCAGCCUUUCUGGGAUGAAGACUGUGAGAUUAUCUUCCUCCUAUGGGAGGAUGAGUCUUAUCUUGUGGAUGUCGUUUCUGAUGUGCAGAUGGCCUGGACCAGGAAGCUGACUGGGUUUACUGUUCUAAAGCCCACAGAGAGGUUUGGUCACAUUCUUUGUGGCUGGAUAGCUGGACACGAAUCUGAGUAUAUGGAAACUCUUUCUGAAUAUGAAGUGCUGUACUCUGUCACUCAGCUGAUCCGCAGGUUUACAGGUAACCAAACAGUUGCCCCAAAGAGGCUUCUACGGUCCCAGUGGUUCCAUGACCCCUACACCUGUGGCUCCUACUCCUAUGUAGCAAAAGGUUGCUCAGGAUAUGACAUCGACACCAUUGCAGAGCCUCUUCCAUUGGCAGGUUCAAAUGCUGAGCCCUUACAGGUGCUCUUUGCUGGAGAAGCCACACACAGAUAUUUCUUCUCCACUGUUCAUGGAGCCUUAAUUACUGGUUGGAGAGAAGCAGACCGUCUCAUUUCUCACUACACACCUUUGUCAGGAGUGAUCACUUCAAAGCUUUAAGGGAGACUGUGUGCUUAUUUUUAAGAAAAGACAGAAUUUGCAGACAAAAAAAAAAUCAAAUGUACUGCAAAUAUCAGAUGUAAUGAAAAUAAGGUCUUGCAUGUAUUGUUAAUUUUGUAAUAUGUGUUUCCACUUUAUGAGAUUUAUAAAUCCACCUAAUUCAAGAUUCGCUUUUGUAAAUUUAGCACGUUGCACAGUGCAUUAUUUUUGAUAUGAAAAUGAUACUACACAGUGGCUUCUGUGUUUUAUCGAUAUCUGAAAUCGAGUGGUUUACUAUUAAUUUACUGACUAAUAUAAUUUACUGACUAAUAUAAUUUACUGACUAAUAUAAUAUAGUUGCUACUGUCUUGGAAAUUCGAAAUCGAACUUCGUAUUAGUAAAAAACAAUUAGAUUUUAAGACGUAUUUUUUACACUUCGCGAAGUGGGAUUUAUGCGCUUGUCUGCUAAUCAGUUAGGUGAGAUUGGUGAACCGACAAUCGCCUCCACAACAGUAGAUGGCGAUAUCAAACUUUUAUGUGGUUCGACGGCAAAAAUAUAAACAGGAAGCUACUGUAAAGUACUAAAUAAUGCUACUUGGAGAAUAAAUUCUUGGUGAGUGAUUUGAGUGUUUCAAAGUUGUCGUAUUUAAAGGCAACUAUGAUUACUUAUAUGGCGGACAUUUUCCAUUCAAAACUACUAACUGAAAUAUCUAGACUAGUAGCGUUAGCAUUCUUUUACCUUAACACGAGUUAUCCUGUUUAUUAGAAUGGGAUGCGUUUUAGUUAAACAGAUUUCACACAGGUUGAUCGUUUUUUUUCUGAAGGAUUUUGCUUCUAGAUCAUCGAAUCAACAAGUUCUUAAUUCGAACGCAAAUUCUGUUCUAUUGUCUUAUCUGGCAUCAGCCGGAAUAAAUUAAUUUAAAAAUCAGAA